AUGGCUUUUCCGGACUCAUUGGCGAAAUCCACGCCACAAUUCUCGUCCGAUCUGGUUUUGGAAAUGGUGAACAGAACGGCAGCUGGGCUGAUGAGAUUUACUCUUCUCACCCCGUCCACCCUCGCCCGCCGAAAUAUCUGUCAGUCUACCCGGCCGACUAUUGCUGAAUCCCCUCUACAGACAGCCCGGAUGCUCACUAGAAACUAG